AUGGAUCUAUGUAGAAAUGUCCAACCAUACACAUUAAUGGCAUUCGAUAAUUUUUUUACUAGUUUGCCUCUUCUGGAGAUGCUCCAUCACAAAAAUAUAUAUGCUGUGGGUACAAUCCGAGUCAACCGAAAAGGCCUUCCAGCUGAAAUAACUGUAAAGAGGGGAACAAGAGACCAAAUGUGCCUAAAACCAGGAGAAUUUAUGUUUCAACAUGCUGCUCCUAUAUCAGUAAUCAAAUGGAUGGAUACUAAAGAUGUGUAUGUUGCUACUACUGCAUUUGAUCCAAAAAGGGUACAAAUCAUAAAACGCAAACAGAAAGAUGGAACAAAAAAAAACAUGUUUUGUCCUUUGGCCAUUGUAGAAUACGUAAAAAAUAUGGGGGGAGUUGAUCGCUUUGACCACUUCAGGAGCUCUUACUCUAUAGGCCGUAAGUCAAAGAAAAGCUGGUUCCGCCUGUUUUGGUUCCUGUUUGAAGCUGCUCUUAUAAAUGCCUACAUACUCUACAGCCAGGGACACGUCAUGCGCAAUAGUAGUCAUCGCCAAUUUCGUUUACGUGUUGCCAGGGGCCUAGUCAACAACUUUAGUUCCCGCAAGGCAUGUUCCACCAUAUUAAAAAAUAAGAAAGGAGGUGUCUACAAAAUUUCGGAUGAGGUGCGACUGGCCAAAGUCGGUGUACACAUGCCACGAGCUGGAACUAAACGGCGUUGCCGUUUCUGCAGCACUAGAACUAAUCCCAAGCGGUCUAAAAUAGAGUGCAGUUCAUGCAAAGUUCCACUAUGCAUAUCACCAUGUUUUGAAAGGUUUCAUUUACCCUAUGUGCCUCAUAAUUUGUAA